UCCAGUUGAUUGGGAAGGGGGCCGGGACGACCACUGAGUAGCGAAAUUCUGGGAUAAGAUGGAGGUUUGCGAGAGACUUUUGUGCCUGGCCGUGGUGUCCAGCGUUCUCUGCGUUGGCUCGGUUCUGGGGAAAUACGUGAGAGGUAUCGUCAACACCAAGGAGGACUGGUUGUUCCUCACUCGCUUCUGUUUUCUCACUGAUUUUGGACGUUUGGACUUCCGGUUCCGCUACCAAAAGUCGCGAUGCUGUCAGAAUAUAUUGCUCUACUUUGAUGACAGCUCUCAGUGGCCAGCUGUGUACAAGAAGCCAGACAAGGACUGCUACCAGAAGGAGGCAGUGUUGAGGCCAGAGAAUAACCAGGUUAUCAACCUGACCACGCGCUACACCUGGUCUGGCUGUGUGGUGGAAGGAGAGGGAGAUGAGGAGGUGCUGAGUUGUGUGGGAGGUCGUAGUUUCCGCUCAGUGAGGGAGAGAUGGUGGUACAUCGCUCUCAGCAAGUGUGGGGGGGAAGGUUUGCAGCUGGAGUACGAGAUGAAGCUGACCAAUGGCCAGUCUUUCUGGACACAGCAUUUCUCUGCAGACGAGUUUGGGAUCCUGGAAACUGACAUCACAUUCCUGGUUAUCUUCUCCCUGGUCUUCAUCCUCUCAUGUUAUUUUGCCUAUAAUCUGAAAGGAAGGCAGCUUCUCCAUACGACAUAUAAGAUGUUUAUGACUGCGGCUGGUGUAGAGGUUGUCAGCCUUCUGUUCCACUGUAUUUACUGGGGCCUGUAUGCCAGAGAUGGAGUGGGCAACGGCAGUCUCAAGAUAAUGGGGAAAUUCCUGUUCUUCUGUCAGUUUCCUGGUGUUCCUGCUGAUGCUGAUCCUGCUGGGGAAAGGCUUACUGUCACCAGGGCGAGGAUCAGCCACAGUGGCUCUGUCAAGCUGUCCAUCUACAUGACAGUCUACACCGUCACCUAUAUCAURCUCUUCAUAUACGAGGCAGAGUUCUUUGACCCAGGUGAYGUGCUGUAUGCAUAUGACAGCCCGGCGGGCUACGGUCUGAUGGGUCUCCAGCUGCUGGCCUACGUGUGGUUCUGCUACGCCGUCCUGAUCUCCCUCAAACACUACCCUGAGAAACAAUCCUUCUACAUCCCCUUCUUCACGGCAUACACACUCUGGUUUUUCGCGGUGCCCGUCAUGGCUCUGAUAGCUAACUUUGGCAUCCCUCGCUGGGCACGGGAGAAGAUCGUCAAUGGCAUCCAACUGGGCAUCCACCUCUAUGCUCACAUCGUAUUCCUCGUUAACUUCCAUACCAGACUGAGCAUCUCGGUCCCAGACUUUUGCACCAGACUGAGCGUCUCAGUCCCAGACUUCUGCACCAGACUGAGCUUCCCGGUCCCAGACUUCUGUACCAGACUGAGCCUCUCGGUCCCAGACUUCUGUACCUGA